AUGCUUCUGUCGGCUGGACUACCCUUAAGAAAAUGGGCAUCGAACAACCCUGCAGUCCUAUCCGAUUUAGAUCCUGAACACCUCGCUAAUUCACCGUAUCACGAACUCCAAGAACCGCAAUCAGUGUCAACGCUCGGACUUGUUUGGGAACCAACGUCAGAUUCAAUGCGUUUCAACGUCCAAUUACCAUUACCAGCGCAGAUCCUGACGAAGAGAAAGAUUAUGUCAUAUAUUGCACGCAUUUUCGAUCUGCUGGGACUUGUGGGACCGAUCAUCACCGUUGCCAAGUUGUUCAUGCAGAAGUUGUGGUCUCUGAAAACAGAUUCAGGUGACCCAUACGAAUGGGAUCGUCCGCUUCCUCAACGCCUCGAAAAUGACUGGAGGCAGCUCCAUAGCACGUUAGAUUCCAUAUGCAACAUCACUGUUCCCAGAUUCGUCUCGCAGUCGAGAGCAACAUCCGUACAACUACAUUUCUUUUGUGACGCUUCGGAGAAGACGUACGGGGCGUGUUGUUACGUCCGAUCAGAAACUACCACGGGAAUCUCCAUACAACUCUUGACAGCAAAAUCCAAGGUUGCGCCGCUCUCCUGUGUUCAAACAGUCGCAAGGUUGGAGCUUUGUGCGGCGGUCCUAUCAUCCAAUCUGUACAAGAAGGUCGUGAGCUCAGUGAGCCUGUCUACAGAUGCCUAUUUCUGGACAGAUACGCUAACCGUCCUUCAAUGGCUGAAAUCCUCUCCAAGUAGAUGGAAGAUAUUCGUCGCGAAUCGCGUCUCAACUAUCCAAACAAAUACCGAGGUUUCAAGAUGGCGACACGUACCAGGAAUAAGCAACCCCGCCGACAUUAUUUCUCGAGAUUGUAGCCCGACAAACCUCAUCAAUUGCUCUCUGUGGUGGAACGGACCAUCAUGGCUAUCCCUCCCAUCAACCCACUGGCCUCAGACGGAAUUUCCAGCCAUCGAAACGUCGAAUGUUCCCGAAGAGCAAACCAGGGUCGCACUCUCUGCAAUUACAGCCGUCGAAACACAAUUCUCCGAUGCACUGUUCAACCGAUUCUCCAGCUAUACUAAGCUUCGCCGUGUUGUCGCAUACUGGAUGCGGUAUUUCUCCGUAUUGAAGACCGCAACUCUCAAGAAACAACGUGAGGAGUUUACCUUCCUGACUUCCAUUGAUCUACGUGAUGCAGAAUUGUCAUUAUGCCGCAUGGCACAGCGUGAGAUGUUCUCCAAAGAAUUACUGAACCUUACCUCAGGAAAAUGUAUUCCCAAAUCCAGCGCACUGAAAUGGUUAAGUCCGCAUGUUACCACAGAUGGUAUUAUAAGAGUCGGUGGGAGACUCAGUAACACGAGGCUACCUGUAGACCAUAAGCAUCCAAUUGUGCUGUUAGCUAAGCACCCUCUUUCCAUUUUGCUGGUAGAUUACUACCAUAGAAGUUUGCUACAUGCUGGUCCUCAACUGAUGUUAGCAACAAUUCGUCAAAAGUUUUGGAUCAUCGGUGGUCGCAAUUUAGUUCGUCGUAUCUAUCACCAAUGCCAUGCGUGCUUCCGCAAUAAACCCGUUUUGAUUCAACAAACCAUUGCCGAUCUACCGUCCAGUCGUGUAACUUCUACCAGACCUUUUUCUGUGUGCGGGGUGGAUUAUUGUGGGCCCGUUUUUAUUAAAUCUCCAGUACGCAACAGGUCACCAACGAAAGCAUAUAUUGUCAUUUUUGUGUGCUUCUCAACGCGCGCAGUCCAUAUUGACUUGGUAUCCGACCUAUCAACGCCAGCUUUUCUGGCUGUAUUACGACGUUUUGUUGCUCGCCGUGGCAGAAUGAAAGAGAUCCACAGCGAUAACGGAACCGCUUUUAAGGGAGCGGCGAAUGAACUCAACCGAAUUCACCGAAUGCUGAAAUCUGACCAGGAAGGGCGGAAACAAAUACUUGACUGGUGUGCAGAAAAUGAAAUAAUUUGGCGAUUCAUUCCUCCACGGGCUCCCCACUUCGGAGGACUGUGGGAAGCAGCGGUGAAAUCAGCCAAGAAGCAUUUGUUGCGAGAAAUUGGUAAAACCAGCGUCAGUUUCGAAGAUAUGGUAACAUUACUCGCGCAAAUAGAAAUGUGUCUGAACUCGAGACCAUUAGUACCAAUCCCAACAGAUCCAUCUGAUUUGGAGGUACUUACUCCAGGACAUUUCCUGGUUGGGACCAAUAUGCAGGCAAUUCCGGAUAUAAACGUCAAGGAUGUUCCAGACAAUCGCCUGACACACUGGGAGUUGACUCAGAAACGAUUCCAGCAGAUCUGGUCUAGAUGGUAUCCCGAAUACCUCCAACAACUGCAAACCCGAGCUUCGAAAGGAUGCAAUCCUCCAAUCCAAAUUGAAGUUGGAAGUGUAGUACUGCUUAAGGACGAAAGUUUGUCACCCAUCCAAUGGCCGCUUGGGAGAAUCACCAAGGUUCAUCCUGGUAAGGAUGGAAUCACUCGAGUUGUCACCUUAAGGACAGCAACUGUGGAUGCCGUAUUGAGACCUGUCGCUAAAAUCGCCUUAUUGCCGUUAUCUGAACCCUACAAUACAGUGGUUCCAGCAUCGAGUUCCAGCGAAAGAUCCGGGUAG